AUGAAAAUUGGAAAGGCAUCGUCUCUUCCGUUCCUCUUAUCUUCGAGCGGAAGAUCCCGCUGCAGCACCGGUGUACAUUACCGUAGCUUGGUGAUUCUAGUCGACGGCGGCGGGCGUGCUGCGGGAGAGGAACAUGCAGAGGGUCUUGCGGCGGCGGAAGUGGAUGACCGGGCUGGUGUGGGGCUCUACCUACGUCAUUCCCUGUCGACUCUCCGCACUGCGAAGCAAAAUGCUUAA